UCUGUGUGGGGGCCACUGGACCUGCUCAGUCUGGUGGCAGCAAGCGUCUCGAACCCAUCUGACACAAUCUUCUGGAAGGCAGCCCUCUUGUUGCCAAGUGAUCAUGAAAGAGAUGCCAGUGUUGCUAACCAGAUUUUGACAGAAUGGCUGGAGUCCAAAUUCGGUAACUCGGAGAAACAAGAACACAGGGAGAUGGUCCCCAACGGACACAUGCAAACCUUGAGCAUCAGCAGCGGCCUGCGGAGCGUGGGGGAGCGCAUGCACACAGUGCACGUGUGUGUGAAGGUGUGGCAGAUAGGGGGGAACUUGCCGAUGAAUAUCGACAGGCUUCAUGCCCCUGUGUUGCAUGUUCUGUCAUUAAUGUUAGUCUAGCAUAGCUUAACAUAGCCUAGCAUAGUCUGGCACUAUGUGAUAUUAGCAGGUCCUGUGGUACCACAGAUGUUUGCGAAGGGUGCAAGUGCAGGAAGUGAGGCCAUGUUUCUCACUGUGGGUCAGGUGGCCCGCGGGCCCCUCAGCGAGGAAGGCCAGUUGGCAUUGGAGAAGCGGAAGGGGCUGAUGGGCAUGGGCGCCCUGCUGAUGCUGCCGCCCUCGGCAGUCAGUCCCGGGGCUGAUGAGGAAGACGGGGACAUCUUCCUGUUAUCUGCCCUGCUGCAACUCCGGCAGAUCCAGCAGGCUAAUGCCUGGCCACAGGCCCUUCCUCUGGUGGUGGUGGUCCCAGGGCAGGCUGGGCACAGGGCCAGCGAUGAACGGCUAGAGGAAGACCUGAUGCUUCAGACACUCAUUGAGGAAGGUUUGAUUUCAGAGUACAUGUUCGUCCAUAUCCCCGAGACCACGAACGAACCCCAAGGAUCCGAGCAGGUGAGUGUGCAUGUUGUCGCUGGCCUCGGUAAGAUUGAACCAUCCCAUUGACCAUCACCCCCGUCUCCCCGCAGAUCCGCCAUGCCGUCAGGUGGCUCGCUGCCCGCUCCACGGCACCAGCCCGGCUCGUCUCGCAGACGUUGGUGCAGGUUGUGGAGGCCGGGCUCUGCCGCGAGUUUGCUGGUAGGCUUCACCGUGAUCGGAGGGAC